ACAGGUUGGCAUGUGAUGCCGCUGCAGACGGCGGCCGCCCGGGCCUCGACCAGCACGACAGCCUCGUCGUCGGCGCCCACGGCUGCCCCCGCGGCCCAGCCGGCCGCGCAGGUGCCGCCGCCCCCGGCCCCGGCCCCGCCCCCGCCCCCGGCGUACCCCACGUGCAUCGCCUGCAUCGUGCAGCAGGCCUACUGCCUGGACCCCAAUGGCACCUACAUCUGCUCGCCGUGCCCAGCGGACAACUCGGCGGCCACGGGGAACCAGCGCUGCUACAUCGUGCAGAGGGUGUCGGCGGCGCCCCCGGCCGCGAGCUGCAAGGACGACCCCGAGGAAGCGGCCGGCCUCGGCAAGCAGGCGGACGGCGGCGUCCUCCGGGCGCCGGGCGCCGGGGCGGGGCUGAUCGGCGCGGUCGCGGUGCCGCCGACGGGACCCGUGGCCAUCGCGUGCCCCUCGGGCUCGGCCAGCUGCGGGCUCAACCCGUACGCCGACGUGUUCCAGAGCCAGGUGCUGUACCACACCGUGCAGCACGUCGACACGACCGCCCCGUCGACGACCAUCGCCAGCGCCGCUGCAACAACGCAAAGAGGGUGUGUGUACAUGAAUGGGGACAUUGCAAAGCUCCCUUCAGGGGCGGUAUACCCUACCACCCCUGAAAACAUUCCGUUGGCCACAUCAAUUAACAACACAGACUACAGCACCUUAAAUGGCAUAAGUGGAGAAGUCGACACAGAUGUUACUGACUCAACAGAGCCAGUGGACUUGCUGGAGUGCACAGAAAGCAUGGGGGAAGGAACAUCAACACCAACUCACAGUGUGGCCAACAGCACAACAAGUAUAUCAGCAAGUGGAGCUUCAAGUAAUGCUACCAGUGCAGCAGUGUCACCACACGAUGGCUCCAUUCCCCUAGAGCAACUAAAGCAAUUGCUUUCAUCACAACUAGAAUAUUACUUCUCCAGGGAAAACUUGGCUAAUGAUACGUACCUGCUCUCUCAAAUGGACAAUGACCAAUAUGUGCCCAUAUGGACUGUUGCCAACUUCAACCAAGUUAAGAAACUCACUAAUGAUAUCAAACUUAUAACUGAAGUAUUACGAGAAUCACCAAAUGUACAAGUAGACGAAGAAGGCCAGAAAGUACGACCUAAUCAUAAGCGGUGCAUAGUCAUUUUGAGGGAAAUUCCUGAUAGUACUCCACUUGAAGAUGUUAAGAACUUAUUUUCUGGGGAAGGUUGUCCUAGAUUAAUCUCUUGUGAAUUUGCACAUAAUUCAUCAUGGUAUGUUACAUUUGAAUCAGAUGAAGAUGCUCAAAGGGCCUAUAGAUUUUUACGUGAGGAAGUCAGGGAAUUUCAGGGUAAGCCAAUUAUGGCUCGCAUUAAAGCAAAACACAUGAAUAGGUUGCCUACUCCACCGGUUGGAGUGGUUCCUGUUGCUGGUGUUCCGGUUGGUGUUGGGGUAGGUGUAACAGGACAAGCAAUAGGUCCUGGUGGACCUAUGAAAAAUGGAUAUAGGACACCUCCAUCAGGACCUGCUGCAGGCAAUGCAAGUACCUCAACAACAGCUCCUGUAUAUGACCCAAAUGCACCAUAUCAAGGAAAUCAACAGCGAUAUCUGUACAAUGGAAGUCCUUUGCCUGGGGUCAAUUAUGGCAGUCAAGUUCAAAUAUUUACAUUUCAACAACAGCCUUUUUAUCCUCCAAGUAUGUUGCAUCAGCCGUGGACUCAUGCAGCUCAUUCUAACCCGCCUUACUUUGAAAUGAGCAAUGUAUUUUCAAUGAACGGUAUGUCCCCACAAGGUUCAUACUCAAAACCUCCCUCAAGGUUUCCAGUGCCGAGAAACACAAGGAAUAGACGCAGUGAACCUCGCUCUGGGGACAGAAGUCAUUUACCCGACAAUGGUCGCCAUCAUAGUAAUAUGAGCCAUCAUCACAUGGGACCUGCUCCUGUAGUUAGCGCUGUAGCCAUCAAUAAAAGUUCUAAUGUUACAUUGAAGAAUCAACACACCUCAGUGCCAGGUCCAGGGGACUUGAGAAUUUCUCAGAGUAAUUCCCCUUCUGCCUCUGCACCUGCUCUCACAACAGCAUCUACCACAACAACCACCACAACUCAAGAUAGCAAUGAUGCUGCUGUAGAUGACAGUUGCAAUCGGGGUCCAGCCAAUAGUAGAGACUCAUCAAAGGAACCUCUACCCCCACGACACAGGCGGAGAAGGAAGGAAGAUGAAACACUUCCAUCACGUGGUAAGCCUAGCAGUCCACUACCCUCCCAAUCAAGCAAUACCCGUCCUGGACCCCAAUUCGAUUUGGAGCCAAAUGCCUUUCCACCUCUACCCGGACUUUCGGACGUCCCUGCCACUGGAACAAACGCUGCCAAGACUGUUGCUGCCCCAGAUAGCUCUGUAACUUCAUUAGAACCAUCCCAGUCACACUGGGAAAAUAGGUUAGCUGAUGUUGUUAAGGGAACAGCAAAACCCAAGGGGCAAAGUAGCCAUAGCAGUGCGAGCAGCAGCAGCAGUGCGGGCAAAGAUAAAGAGACAGGCAGCUCUAGCUCACCACGCACACUGACUCCCCCUCCUCAGACUAGUCAGGCCACAACAUCACCAGCGCCUACACAAUCUCAAUCACAAUCGCACCAAAAUUCUCAAGCUCACGCCCCAGCUUCGCACACAUCUUCGCAGCCAUGUGUUCAUUCAGGCAUAUCAACUUCUUCAGGCAAUGAUUCUGCACUUGCCACUGUUGCCAUGACGCCGCCAUCUUCGCCUGAAAAGGUUGUUCCUGUCAUUAAAAAGAACUGCAGCACUGCAGACAAAUCUACUAAGACUGAGGAUACUCUGCUUCAAAACACUGAGGAGAGGGUUAAAGAGACUUCUCUAGAGAUUUCUAGUUCAAGUAACAAGCAGGCCGGUCAGAGCUUGUCUGCUGCUGCUGUUGUUGCUAAAUCUGUUCCCACUACCACAAAUGCAUCUACUAUGACUAGCACUGUGUUGACUGAAUCAAUUCCCUCAUGUAACACAACUCCUUCUCAAACUGCACCCAGUCCUCCUCCAACCUCUGGGGAGCCAGUACGUUUAAGUUAUGCUCAGGUGGCUCAGCAUGCCAAGGAAAAAUCAGAAAGAGCAUCUAAAGAAAAAGAAGAGACUUCAUCUGCUGCUUCCAACUCCUCCACAGCUACCUCCAAUGUCAGUACUAGCACCUCUUUCAGCGCUAAUACAGUAGUUUCUAGGGUCCCUGCACAACACUCGCAUACUGAGAGAGGAGAUUCUUCAAAUUCGGCUCGUUAUACAGGUCGAGGUAAUUCUAGUGCAAGUAGUAGUAGUAGUAAUAAUAAUAAUAGCAAUGCAAGCUCCAGACCUGAACGAAGCGGGUUCAGAAGAAAUAACAAUGCAUCAACAGAGCGGUCUGACCGUUCUGAUAGAGUACAUCGUUUUCGUGAGUUCCUGAAGUAGCAUCAGAGACUGGGCUGCAUCAGUGGUCUGCCAUUUCAACUUUAUUGUUGCUUUGUUUGAGUUGUGAAAAGAGGCAGUAAUGUAGUAGGUAGGUUGUUAUGAAUUGCACUGUAGUGAGAUCAGAGACAAAGACUCAAGGCCCAAAGUUGGUACUAAGUGCCCCAGACUUCGUGUGUUAUACAGUGGUCCAUUUGGACGAAACUUUUAUAUAGUGUAUAAACAUUAUCAUGGAUUAAUGAAAGUUUCUCCCUCCAUCUUAAUUAUUAUUCAGUUGUUAUAAUGUGCCUUAACUUUUUGGGAUUUGGUGCACCCUGUUGUUAAGGAUAUCACACACCUGAUUAAAAACAAAAUUAUUUGAAUAUUUUUGUUUUUAGUAGAUACUGUGUUAUCUUUGUAAUAAUAGCCAUAGCUUUGAUAAGCUCCCUGCGACGUUGAACUUUUUUUUGUUUUUGUUUGUUUGUGUGGCCAAGCAGAGAUGCAACUAUAGAAAGAAUGUGGGAGCAAAGUGACACAUCUGAUGGUUGUUGGCAUUGUAUGCAUGUGUGUGCAGUAACUGUGAUACCCCUUAACCGCAAUUUUAAGAAUUAUAAACAAUUACUGUUUGGUGUAAUAUAUCAGGGAUAGUGAAGUAUAUUGUGACCCAAUUUACUGCUGCGGCAUUCUUGAUUAUUGGAAUUGUGCUAUGUAUGGGGCUUGUCUGUUGUUUGACUUCUUUUCCCCGAUAAAAUUGAAACAAUUGUUCGUGUUUUAAGACAAGAUUAAUCAUUCAUCGGCCCAAUAGUUGUAAGGUGAUUUAUGUAAAGAUGUGGUAAUGGUAUUUUAGAAAUGGAGUAAUUUUUUCUUACCACUACUUUUCUUACUAAACGACGUUAACAUUAAUGUAGGGAUGAUCUUUGUGUGUGUGUAUGUGUAUGUGUGUGUGUUGGAGGGGAUCUAACACAGCUCAGAGGUGAAGAGGAGAGCUGCUGUGGUCACAGGGUUGUGGAUGGGGUGGGGGCAGUGGCAUGAACUUAAACGGGUGCGUGGCUGACUUGAUGGGUAGGGACAGACGUGUUUGAGAGAUGUAGCGCAGCACCCCUUUUUAUCCCCUGCUCGGUUAGCUGGAACCUCUAGGAACCCGCGGGCCGUGUAAUCAACCCACACACAAUGUUGAUUGCUUUCUUUUGGGAAGAUCUCUAAUAAUGCUCUUGCUGAUUGUUAACAGGUGUGUGUAAUAAUUGUGUAAAAAUGAUAGUGCAUUUGUCCCCCCCUCCCCCUCCCCCUCCCUCUCUCCCCUUGUACAGAAUUUGACUAACAAAUUUAUUUUUGACAAAUGUAUAGUUUGCAAUCAGUGUAGUUGUUAAAGUAAGUGAUUAUUAUAAAGUGGUUACAAUGUAAACUUAUUAUCCUAUUACAUUUGUUGGGAUUUUUUUUAAAGGACAAUACUAUUGUACUUUUGUUUCAUUUUUAUAUGAAAUAAAACUUGCUAAAUUGAAUUUUGGAUUGGCAGGUUGGUGUUGGGAAGAUUUUUAUUUAAUUAAUUAUGUUGACUGGAAUGUACAGAACAUGAUCCAGGCAGCCGUUCAAGUGUUGUAGCCAUAGUUACUGUAAUGAACUAAACUUGAACGACUGUGAGGCAUGUGUGAGCCUGGGCGUGGCCUGUGCUCCUCCUUAAUGCAUGGAGUGUAGCUUCCUCGACUCUUGGCUGUAGCUUUUUUUUUCUUUAGUGUAUCCUACCAGCCAAGGAAGGAUCACAGUGCUUCCACUAGCUUUAGGUCUCGUCUCUUCUGUUGCAGACUUCCUCACUAAUGCCAAUCCAGCAUAUCUUUGAAGUAAAUCUUUAAAUGUGUGAUAAAGGUACAAGUCAUUUAAGUGCUCAUUGUAAAAUAUUUGACCGUUGUUACUUGGCGAGGAAUGUUAAUCACAAAUAACUCAUUGCUCUGUUGUAUGUGGUAUUUUUGUUUCUGUGUCAUCCAUUAUCAGAUUUAAAAUUUUGAUCUUAUUCUCAGGAACUUUUUGUGAGGAAAUCAAUGAAUACAUGUUUAAACCUGUCAAAAGUUCACUUGGGUUUAUAGCAAGUUGUGUAAAAAUGCCUACAUUUACUUUUUACGCAUCAGAAAAGUAGUCCAAUCUUGAACACUUGCGUUCAACCAUGUCACUCAUGGGUGCAGAACAAAUUGUUCAUUAUGUAUAAGCUUAUUUUUACACAAUAGUCAUUGUGAGGCAAAUGAGUUUUGUGUGUUUUUGUUCAAUAAAACAAUAAAAAAUUUG